CCGGUGAGCAGUGUGUUUUUGUCACUGUAUGAGCUCUUCUCAUCCUGAUAACAACACCUUGCCUUGAGGCCUCCUGCUUGGAUUGUCACCAGUUCAACACCAUGCUGCUUCGGACUGUGGUUCUGCUCUUCCUCUGUGUGUCCUCGGGCAUGUGUGCCACAAUAGGCCACUACCAGACUCAGCCAGAGGAGGAGGAGGCCCCUCAUGGGGACUCAGCUGCUGUUACUGAUGGUGUUGUAGCAGAUGUAGAAGUUGCAGCUCCUGCAGAUACCCAAGUAGGUGAUUCAACUGCUGCUGAGGAACCUGCUGCCGAUUCCAUUUUGGGCGACAAUCUAUCGGCAGAAAUACUGGCAGUGGAUAACACUUCAGCUGACAAACUAAAAGUGGAUGCCACAGUAGCAGACGGUGCAACAGCCGAAGAGCCAGAGACAGACAGCAAUAGGCCUGCUGGAGACCCCCCUGCUAUGGAAGCUCUUACUGGUGAAGCUGUCCCCCAAGAGCAACCUUCUUCUACUGAGGCGGAGGAGGACAAUGACAUCAGACCAGUCCAGACAACCCAGUCCUUGAACGAACCCUUGGCACCAGAACAGGAUAACAGCUGGGGAUUCAGCUCAAUAAGAUAUAGUUUCCAGACUAUGCACGGAUACUUUGAGUCCCUGGUGGAGCUGGCGGGGGGACAGGAUGGUGUGUGUCAGUACCGCUGCAGAUAUGGAGAACCUCCUCAACCUCGUCCCGGCUACCAACUCCCAGAGCCCAACGGCUGCAGCUCCUCCCUGGUGGGAUUCCAGGUGAAUACAGCUCUUGACCUGGGGAUCCCUGCUAUGACAAACUGCUGUAACCAGCUGGACGUGUGCUAUGACACCUGCGGCACAAGCAAGGAAGACUGUGACUCAGAGCUUCGCUUGUGUCUGCAUAACAUCUGCUCCGACUUUAAGAAGAGUCUGGGCUUUGGGUCGAAGGUGCAAGCCUGUGAGUCAAUGGCAGACGCUCUCCACAGCACAGUGGGGACUCUUGGUUGCAGGCCUUACAUGAACAGCCAGAGGGCAGCGUGUGUCUGCGAGGGAGAGGAGCGGGAUGAACUGUGACACAGAACGCA